AUGUCUUCCUUCCUCACGGAAUUAAAAGCGACGGCAUCACGCCUAAGUUCUUCUUUCCAAAACUCUAAUCCCAAGGAAGAAUCUAUAAACGAACGAAAAUCCAGAAGACGAGGUUAUGAUGUGGUGAAAACUUCCUAUACAUCUCUCCCCGUUCCUAUCCCUGAAGAUUUUUUGAAGCCGUUGAAAAAUCCGGAGGAAAGUAUCAAGGUGCAGAGAAUUGAGUUUGAGAAUACGGUUUUGAAGGAGUAUAGGGGCGCUUAUGCGGUAGUGCUCGAUGGGGUACUGAAUGAAGAGGAAUGUGCGAUGUUGAUUAGAUUUGCGGAGAUGAGUAAGGGUGCGCAUGGGAAUGUGGUGGAGGGUAUUAAGGUGGAGAAUGGUGUGAAGGAUGUAGAUUCUGAAGAGGCUGAUGUUGGGGAUGAGGAACUUCAAGGACCGGGAAAUAAUGGGUGGACUCCUGCGUUGGUAAAUGCGGGUGUGGGAUAUGAAUUUCUUUCUACGGAAUAUAGGAAUUUGGAUCGCAUUAUUUGGGAUCAAAAUGAUGUGGUGGAACGUAUAUGGAGGAGGGUUUUACAGGGAAAGGGGAUUGAGGAGGAUAUUGGGGUACUUGAGGGGAAGAAAUGGGAGAAAUUGGCUAGUUUGGGGAUUAGAAGUGGUGAGAGAUGGGUGGGUACUAAUCAGGGAAUCAAUGAGCGCAUGAGGUUUUUGCGAUAUGGACGCGGACAAUACUUUAGAGACAGCGCCUAUGGAAAUGCCGAUGGCGAACGUUCUUUCUUUACCAUUCAUCUCUAUCUCAAUGGUUCAGCGCAGGAACUAGAGAAAGAUCCCAGUAUCUCCAAAUUUCCAAAAGAUUCAAAGAUGCUGCGAGGAGGCGCAACGACGUUUCAUUCGAAGGAUAUGAAGGAGAGAUUGGACGUUGAUCCGAAGGUGGGGAGGGUACUUAUUUUCCAACAUAGGAGAUUAUUACAUAGUGGGGAUGAGGUGGUGGCAGGGGUUAAAUAUACCAUGAGGAGUGAUUUGAUGUUUUGA